UAAAAUGUCAAAUUAUUUAUUGUUAUACUCUGAUGUUGUUAGGCGAUAAUGCGCGUUUACCGUUUAAAGGAGACAGUGGUGGAAUCCUUUGAUGGAAGUAGUAAGAUUGGGAGUAAAGUGGGACCAAUUAGCUCAAACGUGACUGCGUUUGGAGCCACGAUACUAAGGGACAAAAGUGGGGGCAGUCUCCAGGAAUAGCUUACUUUUGGGCUGCUCAUUUUGAGGAGUAAGGAGGAGCGCCGAUUGAUUCGGUGCACAGUGCUGCUCUCAAAAUGAAGAAGAUACUGAUCAACUUUUCCAAGAAGAUGCGAACAGGCACGCCGGACAGCGGCUGUGUACUCUCUGUGGGAUACGAGGUGACUAAAGGGGAGCUGAAAAACAUCCACAAGGCUGCCUGGAAGGGCAAUUUGGCCAAGAUUGAGCGUCUGGCCAAGAGCAGUGACAUCAACAAGGUCGACCAGCAGAACAGGACGCCACUUCACCUCGCUUGUGCCAACGGACAUGCCAGGGUGGUGAGAUUCCUUGUGGAGAAAAAAGCCAACCUCAAUUUAGGCGAUAACCACAAUAGGACCGCUUUAAUGAAGGCGGUGCAAGGCCAGCAUGAGCAAUGUGUGAACAUUCUCCUGGAAAACAAUGCAAACCCCAACCUGGUGGACGCAGGCGGCAACACAGCUUUACAUUUGGCAUCAAGUUUCUCAUCCAUCUCCACUGUUAUCUUGCUCUUGAAGAAGGGUGUUGAUAUUGAUCCUACAAAUCUGGAAGGUCUUUCACCCCUGGCAUUGGCAGUCCAAGAAGACUAUGUAAAAAUGGCAGAGUUUCUGCUGAAUAGAGGUGCUGAUGUUAAUCAUUUGGACAACCAUCAAAGGUCCCCAUUGAUGAUAGCUGCCGCCAAUGAGUGUGUCGAUAUGGUGCGACUGCUCCUGCAGUUUGAUGCAGAUACCACGCUGACCGAUAACACAGGGAAAUCAGCUGAGGACUAUGCUGAGACGAAUCAGCCUUGUGCCCUCCUUAUUAUCGAGCACGAUGCCCAGAGCAGCCAGGCGAACUGCUCAUCUCGCCCAUGUUCAAGUAAACAGACGCCACUGAAAACUGGCAUUGCUCCAGCAGGACCAUUCCUUGGCAUCCAGUUUUCUAUUCCGGAACCUACAUACGGCCUUGAUUCGAUAGGCGCACAUGCUCAGAUCGAGAACCAAAUCCAACAAGAAGAAAACAAAUGUGAAGGAGAACACCAGAAACAAACUGACCUGAUGGAAGAGCUUGGUUUGGGAGCGCUUGAUAGUAUUCCAGAUUCAUCAGACGCUGACACAUCUAGUAAUUCUAGUAGGAGAAGUCUGCCUGUGUGCACUGAAGGUUCUCCACCCAAAGAAGUUCCAGAGCGCUCCAGUCCCUCUGCUGAGCAGGUGGUAGCUGCGAUUCCGGAAGCAAUCGGCUCAGAUGGUACACUACCUGCUUACCGAGCUCCACAUCCUCAGACCUUAAUGAUGAUUAUACAAGAGAGUGAUGAAGAAUCAAUUUGGGACCAAGACAGUUCAUCUUCAUCAUGCGGCGAGACCAACGAUGAUAAUCAGCAGCCUCAGGCAACACCUGGAGCAGACUUCCCUGAACCAGCAAGAGAGGAAAAAGGUCAUUUGCAAUCUGAUGAGCAGCAGGUGCACGAAGAGGAGACAAAGACCGAGGAUGAGAAGCUGUCCAAAAAAGUGGAGAAAAGUGAAGGAAAAUCCAUCUUCAGUAAUUUUUUUGGAGCAAUAAAGGGUACUCUUGGCAAGCCGUCCAAACCAGAAACCAAUCCAGAAGAAAAGCAGUUUGGGUCAUCCUCUUCUAAAGAAGAUUCAAUUGAUAUGGAGGAAGGGCAAACCAGACAACUUUCACCUGAAGGAAAGAACAGAGUCCUCUUGGAUGAACAUAAACAGGGGGAUUUUGAGUGCGAAGACUCUUUCUCAGCCUCUGUUGACAACUCCAUGAGCAAGGAGAAGAAACCGUCUGUUAGUCUGUCCGCUGUACCCCAAUUUCAACAACCCCAAGAACCGCUCCCAAGUGAGGAGAAACCAUCUUUUAGUCUGUCCCAUCUCUUCCUGUUUCAAAAACCUCAAGAACCCCUCCCAAGUGAGGAGAAACCGUCUGUUUGUCUGUCUCCUGUGCCCCUGUUUCAACAACCCCGUGAACCCCUCCCAAGUGAGUCGCCACCACCCCGCUCAGCGAAGAAGGAGAAUAUUGCUGUAUGUGCCACACCUGUGCCUUGCCACAACCAACAGAUGAGCAUUAAUCAAAAAGAACUUGAGGCUGCCCAAAGGACUGCCAAGAUUGUUUCAAUGACAAAUCCCAAUGUUUCCUCUGACACGAGCGGAAGUUCAGAGGAAGCAGCCGAAGCAGAUGAGGAACCUGUAAGGUUGAGUCAAACAGAAGCCUCUCGUCAAGUAGAGAAACCAGUAACCUCUGAGAGGGGGUUGGUGCAAUCGUCACUCGCAGGUCAGCUCAUCUUCGAUCCCAGCAGACCUGGGGGACAGUCUUUAGAGGAGUGCUCACAGCUGACAGUGGUUAGCGAAGCAUGUUGCAUUCCCAAGAGCAGUUAUGGAAUCAACAGAGAUCUUGAGUUUGACAACAUUCUGAAUGAUCUUUCGGAAGAUGACACAAGCAGGUGGCAGAUAAAAAGACAGAACACUAACUUAAACACUGAAGAGUUGUUUGAAGAUACAGAUGAGUUAAUUUCAUCAUCAGAGGAGACUCUUGCCAUCGUGCAGAUGCUGGAGGAAGCCACUGCAGACUCCAUAAGUAAGAAGAAGGUGCAGGACAUGUUCCAUGAGCGCUCUGUUCGAAAAGAAAAAGGCCAUCAAGUCUUAAUUACAGAAAAGAUGCAACAACAUAUUUGUGCCUUGGAGGAAAAGAAUUUGCAGUUGGAAAGCGAAGUUGCACACAUGUCACUUCAGCUGAAACGGAAGCAAGAAACUGUCAUGCUGUACAGAAGCGCCAACGAGCAGCUCGAAGAGGACCACAAACCCAACCAAAUGCAAUGGCCUCUAGAUUCCAAGAGGCUGAAGACGCAGCUGCAGGAGUCACACUGUGAGAAGAUCAAAUUUCAAGAAAUACAGGAGGAGUACAAAAGAAGCAAAAAUAAUGAGGAGCAUCUCAGGACAGAACUUGAGCACUUACAGACGAACAGCAACAGCAGACAGACAGACCUGGUUAAGGAGAACGAGUCCCUCAAGGAACAGCUGGAAGACGUUCGGCAAGAUCUCAAACUUGCCAUUGACAACCAGAGCCAUAGUGAAUUGGAUUGGAACGCUAAAAAUCAGGAGUUAAUGUGUGCAGUGUCACUAGCAAACAACCUCCUAGAGAAAGAGAAGAAGGCUUGUGAAGUCUUGGUGGCAGAGACCCAAGCGAUCAGCUCCAGCCUGGCUGAGGUGGAGCAAGCUCGGUCAGACUUGGAGAAAGCUCUGCACCUGGAAAAGGAGGAACGCCAUCGGCUUGAAAGUGAAGCCCACAGUCAUCGUGAAGUAGUCACCAAGCUGUACCAGAAGUUGACCAAGGCGAAAGCAAAUGCAGGCAACCUGGAGAGCGAAGUACGUAAAUUAGAGGUCCAAAUAGCAGAGAAGACCCUCCAUCUGAAUGCGGUGCAGCAUGAAAAUGACCAGAUAGGUGCACGCGUUAAAGAGCUGGAAGCAGCUCUGCAGGCCGAGAAGGAGGUGGCCACUCGAACUGUUGCUCGGCAGGGGUCCACUCAGGAGCUCCUGAACCAAGCCCAGAAUGACAGCAAGUUGUUCCAGCAACGACUAGAGGAGGCCCAAAACAAAGCCAUAGCGAACGAGAAGGCUUUAACAGAUGCCCAGAAGUCUUUCAACAACAGUUUUUCCAAGCUUCAAGCCGACCGUGAUGACAGAUUACAACAAAUGCAGGAAAAAAACAAGGAGCUUGCCAGUAAGGCAGCUGAAAAUGAAAAUCAUAUUCGCAAAUUAGAGCAGGAGAAAAACGAAAAGCAGACUUAUCAAAGGCAAAUGCAGCAGGAUAUGGCUGAAAUGUCAAAGAACCUGUCAAAGUGUGAAGCUUCUCUGGAGAUUGCGACAACAUAUCGUAGGGAUUUGGAGGAGGAGAAGGCUCGGCUAAUCAAAGAGAUCGACAAACUUAAAGGAAAGCUGGAGGAAAGAGAAGCUCAAUGCUUCCAAGCUGAGAGGAACAAAAAUGAUCGAAUGAUCCAAAUGGAUGAAAGAGAGAAAGAAAUCAGUGUUGCCGCUCGGAAACAGAAAGAAGCACAGGCUGCCGUGGACGCCGCCAAUGACAUUGUCCAACAGUUAGAAGAGACGACGCAUAGGCUGGAGAUCGAAAACAUCAGGCUCAAGGCUUCUGCAAAUCAACACUGCCACAAAUUUGAAGCACUUCAAAAAGUCGCUCAGGAGGACGCAAGGAUCAGAGUUCAGUUGGAGGAGUUGGUGACAAAUCUUCAAAGCAGUAAAAUUACUUUGGAAGACCAACUUAACAAAGAGGUGCAGAGGCAAAGCCUGCUGACUAGUAACGCCCAAGACAGUCACGCCAUGUGGAAGGAGGAGAUGAAGAGCCGUUCCAAGUUAGGGCUGCGUUUUGCAGAGCUUGAAAAGGAACAGAAGGAGCUGAACAACCAGGUGGAAUUGGAGAUGAAGAAAACAGAGAACAUAGAAGAGCAGAAGAGGGCGGUUGACUUGCGGCUGGAACAGGAGAUGAAAAGAAACUCAGAUCUUCAAAAAGAAAUGUACAGGUUACAAUCGCUACUUAAAACAGCCAAGAGGAAACUGCAAGAUCACCAAACAAGUGGUGUGGAAAAAGAAAAGAUCUACCACCAGCUCAACGAGCUUCAGGCAGAGUUGGAGAGAGAGAUGUCAUCUCGCGGUCAGUUAGAGAAAAUUAAGAGGCAGCUGGAGGAAGAGGUGAUCAGUCUGAAACGCAGCCAAGAACCCCCUGUGGACGUGGGCGCCCAGGCUCCAACAGGCAAUGCGUUGAAUACACAGGGCGCCCAAAACUGCCAAUGCUCAAAAAAAAUCAGCCCUGUUACCUGCACUGUGGAGGACUACCUGAACAAGAUGCGUCAAGACUUGGAAAUUGCCAUGUCAAGAGAGUUAGGCAUGCGUGAGUACUCGAAUGAAGCAAAACACUGGGUGUAUCCGAAGUCUGGCCCGAGGGCCAAUUCCUUGGUGAGACUGGACAAGUCUUCGGGACGCAUGUCGCCUGUCAGCAGGGCAAGGCAGGAGUAUGCCAAUAUACUCAAAAGGAACCAUGAGGUGUAAACCCUUGGGAAGCUAAUACCACACCGGAGGGUUACAACCAAAUUCUACUGUUUCAUGAUAUAAUGUCGUCCAUUUUGUAAGUACUUGCUGCUUUUGUAUUUGUAAUGAAAUAUAUGUCAUCAAACCUGUCUAGGUUUAAAAGAUGACCCAAAGAACAAUGUCUCAACAACCAACCAACUUGACAAACGUGUCCUUCCUGAGAACCACAAUAAGACAAACCUCGAAAGCACUUUGACGUCAUAAAAUAUUGUUUUGUGGAAAAUUCAUGGUACUUGGACUACACAAGAUAAAAACUGCUGUGAAAACAUUAGUGGCCUGUUUCUAAGACGCCAUGAUGAAGAACACUGUGAUAACCCAUACCUUUUCUACAACUGCAAGGAAUACAGAAGAAAUCAUUAUUACUUCCAUUCUCCAAGAAAAGGAAAGCACAGUAAAAAAAAAACAAGUGAACAAUAUAUGCAAUACAGAAGUUUCACAACACCAGAUUGUCAGGAAAAAUACUAAAUCGCAUUGUAUCACAGUAGUGACACAGAACUGUCGUGUGUCUGAACUGGAACACAAACCAAGUAAUUGAAGUAAAGCGUUUUAGGUCAAAAGCCUGAGAGAUAUUAAAUGAUGAGCAGACCUUUACAAUAAGAGUAAGUGAAAUACAAAAUGUUGUACAAUAGAAGAAUGACUGUAACUCCCUGAAUAUUUCAACAUGGCUGACAUCACAAGAGUAUGAGUAGCCCUGAUGACACAGAAUUAAAAAAUGGAUUUGAAUUCUUGGACUGACCACUGUGACCAGUGAAAGGGGUCUUGAAUACAAGAUAAACAACUGCGCAGAUAUGCUCUGUAUGCUCCCAACACAUUCCUUCUAAAGUUAGAAGAGAGCUGGCAAUUUCCAACUGAAAGGCUGGAAAUAAAAGGUAUCAGUUUACUUGUUUGUAAGAAUUGGACACACAGCUUAGACAGCUGACCAACAUGCAUUGAGAGGACAGUACGUCAAGACUCAAGUCGUUCGUGAGAGAUGUACGUGAAAUACUCUGCAUCUCAUGAGAAACCCAGAGAAUUAGAGCGUUGAAUUCCAAACGCAUUUCUUCAUAUACGUGUAAGACGCCCGGUGUUGUGUCAAAAUGAAUCUUUGAAAAUAUGAAAAUGUCACAUGAAUUGGAAAUUGACUAGACUAGUAAGCAGUUAUUCUUUUUGAAAAAUGUGAUACUUUUUUUUUUUUUUUUUUUUUUUAAUUAUGAAUUUAUUAAUCAAUCAACAAAACAAUACACAACAACACCACAACAAUGCAAUCCAAUUCCAAAACCAAACCCGUCCCAGCAACAUUAAGAACAACAAUAAACAGAGCAAUUGAGGACACACAAAUCCAAAUGUAGUGAAACGAAAAUAAACAUCAUCAAAAUGUGAUACUAAUGAGAAGAUAAUGAAUGCCUUGUGGUUAUAGUGUGUCCGCCCUGAGAUCGGUAGGUCGUGAGUUCAAACCCCAGCCGAGUCAUACCAAAGACUAUAAAAAUGGGUCCCAUUACCUCCCUGCUUGGCACUCAGCAUCAAGGGUUGGAAUUGGGGGUUAAAUCACCAAAAAAUUAUUCCCGGGCGCAACCACCGCUGCUGCUCACUGCUCUCCUCACCUCCCAGGGAGUGGAACAAAGGGAUGGGUCAAAUGCAGAGAGUAAUUUCACCACACCUAGUGUGUGUGUGACUAUCAGUGGUACUUUAACUUUUUAACUUUAAUUUAAGGGACAUCAUAUCCCUGAUA